GUUAAAAAACCUUUAGUUAUAAAAACCAAAGACUUUGUGAAGAAGACCUAAAAUGGCAACCUUAAACCAGAAUCAAAGUUUUAACCAAAAGUUCCAAUACACACUUGACCAUACCAGACUCACUCCAGAACAGAGACAAUUUUACGAAGAAAAUGGAUUUCUGGUCAUAAAGAAACUGGUUUCUCCUCAAAAAUUGAAACUAUAUAGUGACAGAUUUGAAGCAAUCUGCAGAAAACAGGUGCAGGUACCAGGAAUGGUGAUGAUGCGUGACAUUGCCAUAACAACAUCAGAAUUUAUUCCUGGAGAGAAGGCCAUUGCUAAAGUUCAGGAUUUCACUCAUGAUGAUGUUCUUUUUGAGUACUGCUGUCUUCCAGAGAUUGUUGAUUAUGUAGAGUGUUUCACUGGUCCAGAUAUUACAGCUGUUCAUACUAUGUUUAUUAACAAACCCCCAGAUACAGGAAGUAAAUCAUCCAGACAUCCCAUGCAUCAGGACCUGCACUACUUCCCGUUCCGACCAGCUGAUAAGAUCGUGUGUUCUUGGACUGCCAUAGUUCCUGUUAAUCGACAGAAUGGUUGUCUGGUAGUGGUUCCUGGAAGCCAUAAAGGAGAAUUACUGCCUCAUGUAUACCCAGAUUGGAAGAACGGCGUCAAUAAAAUGUACCAUGGAAUACAGAAUUAUGAUCCUAACCAACCUCGAGUACAACUGGAAAUGGAGCCUGGAGACACAGUGUUCUUUCACCCCAUACUGAUACAUGGCUCUGGCACCAAUAAAACCAAACAUUUCAGAAAGAGUAUAUCUUGUCAUUAUGCAGCCAGUGACUGUGAUUAUAUAGAUAUCAGUAGUCUGUCGACUAAGUAUCUGGCCCAGGAAGUUGCAGAGAUAGCAAAGAAGAGAGUGGGACAAGAUGUUGAUAUAUCCUACCAGGAUCUUUGGAGAUUAAGAAGUAGAAGAGUAAAAGGAAAAGAGGAUCUUCCCAUGAGCAGAUUAUGAAUCGCCACAUCUUUUAAACUGGGGCCCUAUACGCAACACUUUAGGGUCUAUUGCUAGAAUCAACAACCAAUUAUAAUGAAAAUCAAAAGAUCCAAUGAACAACUUAGAACUGGGGCUUGGGAAUACUUCUAGGGUCUAUUGCAAGAAACAACAACCAAUUAUAAUGAAAAUCAUAAGAUAAAUACAACAAAUUAGAGCCGGGGGCCCUAUUUAAGGAACAAUUUCAGGGUAUGUUUUCAGAAAUAACUAAUGAUAAUCUUAAGAUCCAAUGAACAACUUGGAACUAGGGGCUCUAUUAGGAACACUUCUAGGGUCUAUUGCAAGAAAGAACAACUUAUAAUAAUGAAAAUCAGAAGAUUCAUUGCCAAGGGCUUGGUCCAGAGAAUCAAAUGAUUAUAUUUCAGGACAAUUGAAAUUGAAAGUAAAUUGAAAGUGAAUUGAAAUACACUGAUAUGUCAAACACUGUGAUUAAUUUUAAAUCCAUUGUCAUUAACCAAUCGGAAGACUCAAACCAUUCCGAGUCCAGUUUCUGUGAAUUUUCUCCAGGUCUUGCCCGAAUUCAGGAACAACUUGAAGCAUUAAUUGUGAUAUAUAUCUUAAUUAUUUUUUGUUAACCAGGGAAAAGUUUUCUUCACAAAUGCUAAGGUAUUAUGAACUUUAUAAGACACGAGUUAGUAAUAUAUUGUCACAAUGAAGAUGGUUAGAUGGGUAAAUGUGUGAAUUUAAAGCCUAAUGUUAAUUUUUCUUUGAAUAAAGAUUACCUUUACACGG